UUUGUCAAAUAGUUAUUUGUUCGUCGCCGUGACUGGCCGUCGAGAAUUUAUUUGAAAAAAAGAACGAGUUAGAAUCUCAUUGGAACCAUCCUUUUUGGAAUCGCAUUGUUUUUUUUAAGUGUGGAAAAUGUGUAAAAAUGAAGCAAAGGCGUAAAUAGUGAAGUGAUAACAAGACAUUAUCGCUGUUGACCAAGUUCGUUCUACUUUUGUUUAAAUUAAUCAUCCGAGUGACAAGGUAUGUCUCGCCUACGUCUUGCCGGGAGCAACUCCGUAAGAAAAUUUUGAAUGAUUAUCACAUCUUAGUCUCAUGGGCAUAAAACUGUUAAAAUUAGGACGAAGCCGGGACGGCGGCGCCGGCGCAGACGGUCCGCCGCGAGUGAGCGCAACGCACGAAACCAUGCACGCCGACCCAGAAUCCCCCGCCUGCCGGGAAGAGACCCAACUCCUGCCAGAUGACUGGCUCAAAGUCAAGACAGUACCCGCCAAUGGAAACCUCUCCCCCGGCAUCUACUACCCUCAAGCCAGCAAGAGGUUCGUCGACGAUCGCCACCCUGUGCCGUCACCGACCGACUCCCACCCGAGCCGAUCGCACAGGCCCGGCGUCACGCGGCGAACGAGAAGACGAGCUGUUCUCAAAAAUGGCGAGUGCAACGUCCUCAAGUCCAGGAUUUCUCAGCGGCGUAUACGGUUCCUCCAGGAUAUGUUCACGACCCUUGUUGAUGCCCAAUGGCGAUGGACUCUACUUGUGUUCACUCUAUCGUUUAUCUUGUCCUGGCUGGGAUUCGCGUUGAUUUGGUGGCUCAUAUCAUUCACACAUGGAGAUCUGGAGCCUGAUCACCUACCUCCCAUGCAGGAGACCUCAAACUGGAAGCCUUGUGUGUUCAAUAUAUUCGAUUUCACGUCUUGCUUCCUCUUCAGUAUUGAAACUCAACACACCAUCGGUUACGGUGCUCGCACAACGACGGAAGAGUGUCCCGAGGCUAUUUUCAUAAUGUGUCUACAGAGUAUAGUUGGUGUCAUGAUACAAGCUUUCAUGGUCGGUAUCGUGUUCGCCAAGAUGACGAGACCAAAACACAGAACGCAAACUCUACUCUUCUCAAAAUACGCUGUGAUAUGUCAAAGGGACGGCGAGCUGUGCUUGAUGUUCCGCGUGGGAGAUCUGAGGAAGUCGCAUAUUAUAGGAGCAAGCGUUAGAGCUCAACUUAUACGAUCGAGAACAACGAAAGAAGGGGAAUUGCUGUCGCACUACCAGACUGAGUUAGAGCUGAAUGCCGAUGGAUGCGAUAGUAACUUGUUCUUCAUUUGGCCAAUCACGAUGGUCCAUAAAAUCAACGCUGAGAGUCCGUUCUACGGAGUGUCCGCGGCGGACAUCCUCCAGGAGAGGUUCGAGAUAGUAGUUAUAUUGGAAGGAACGAUAGAAUCGACUGGGCAGACGACGCAGGCGCGAUCCAGUUACACAACAAGUGAAUUAAUGUGGGGACACAGAUUUGUGCCUCUAGUGACAUAUAACCGUGAACGACAAGGAUACGAAGUGGAUUAUUCUAAAUUCGACGUAACGACGCAGGUCGACACUCCUCUCUGUUCCGCCAAGGAAUUGGACGAGUUUUACGGGAGCCAGGCUGAUCGUAGAUCUAUUGCCUACCUGGGAUCCAGCUCGCCGAUCAUCCUCCGACACUCGCUCUCCUCGCACGCUCCCAGCUCUCCUCUCUCCCGGAUCGCCGACCGAUUGGUGGUAGACGCGAUCCAGCGAGCUAGCAUCAACAACAGCAACCGGCCUCUGUCGGUGAAGUACCCGCCUGACUACUUUAACAGACCUGACCCUGAGGAGCACACGUCAUCCAGCGAAGACGAAGCGAUUGUGAAGAAGAGAAAUACUAGGCUUAGUAAGAGCUAGGGUAUUCAUUUUCUCGCUCACUCAAGGUGUAAAUUAUACCACGUACAUUAUUAUUGUGGUAGGGAUGUUUUUUUUAUAUAGCAGGAUUGCUCUUGAUAACAAUCUCACUGGGUGCAGAUGCUAUUGUGAUUGUAUUUUGAGAAUAAACGAAUAAUUUGUAAGAUACUGAAACUGAACAGUAGUGCCAUCUUGCGACGCCCGACGUAGGGACGUCAUACUUUUUUCUUUAGGAUUUUAGUGAUUACCUUUUUUUAUCUUCAUCGUAUGUAGCUUAGGUUAAUGAAUAUAAUUUAGUUUAAGGUCAAGUAUUUUUAAAUAAACGCAGGAGAUAAAAGCUUGUUUGUACCGACUUAGCAUAAUUAAUUAUAGCUUUAAAAUUAGCAAUUAACUUUUCAUUUAAUAAAUAUUUGUAACUUAAUUAUUGCAAAUAUAAUUUGUAAAUUAAUAAAAUUAAAAAUCAACCUAAGUUUAGAAAUCUAAGUCAAAGUUAACUUACUCACGUCAUAGUGUCAUCUAACAGUAGCAGUAAGUAUUGGUAUGUAAAUAAAAGUCGUGUAUACUAAUAAAUAUUUAUUCUGAUAUAAACUAUCAGGCUAAUACAAGCUUUUGUUUACGGCGCCCGCGCCGCCUAGACCCCUGAUACAGAUGGAAACUAUAACAAAACUACAUUCUCAAAACAUUAGUGUCCUUCUACAGACUACUUAUAAAUACAUAAUAAUCUGGGAGGAGUAAUCAGAGAAGCAAUUUCCAAGAAAAUUAAAAAAAACUUUAUACAAGUCUAUAAAAUUACAAUAAAAUUAUAACUCAAAGAAAAUGUAUUAAAGUCCGAAGUAAGUUUUUCUUUAGUUAAGUUAAUAAUUAUUAAAAUAAGUUGAAAUAAAAAGGAACACGCUAAAAAUCGUAGCCGGUGUGCUACGAAAGUCCCUAAUUUCGUAGCUCGUAGUCGUAGCAACCGUAGAAAAAAUCUUGGAAAUCGCCCGUUCAAAUUAUAAACUGUAGGCCUUGGAUGCGCGCCACGAUAAGCGUUUAUCGCGCCAUUUUAUCGAUUUUACGCGAUAAACCCAUAUAUCUGUCGUCUAAAAUCAUCGAUAAGAUUUUAUCACGACGCGCAUUCUAGCCGAGCUGGUUAUUAAAUAUUUGUACCAAUAACAAGCAUUAGUAACACUAACACUUAACGUUUAUUUAUAAAAUAUUAAAUCUAAAUAUUAACAAAGUGCCCAUUUUGUUUUGGAAGCCGAAUAAUACUAUACAUUGACUUACAUUUAUAUCACAUUUUUUGUUGUACAAAUAUAACAUUUGCGAAUAUAAUCUGACUUUGAAUAUUUUUUUAACUUUAGGAUUUAGACAACGGAAUUGUAACGAAAACAAAUAGCGUAAAUUUGGUUUACAUAAGUUAGU